GUGUCGUUUCUCAAACACACAGAGCAUCUCCAUGGUGUUCAGUCACUCUGUAUCUCUGGGUUUGGUUGGCAGAGGAGCUUAACACUCCGUCAUAUACAGACACACAGGCUGAUGCUCAAUCCUUUUCAUCAAUGUGUAUGGUCAUAUUUGCUCCGCUUUUUGCUGUUUUAGCAUUUGCAACAUGUGGGGGAUAUUCAGGCGAGAUAAUGGUUAAAGUAGAAUGCCUGGACAAAACCCAAAACAAUUUCAGCAUUAGUUUCAACUACCCAUUCAGACUCCAGCAGGUGCAUUUCAGUGCUCCUCUAUGUGAAGGUACAAGAAAAGAGACCGUCUUUCUCGAGGGAGAUUAUUCUUCAUCUACACAGUUUUUCGUCACCGUGUCGGUCCUGGCCUUUCUCUAUUCUCUAUUGGCUACAGUCGUUUACUUCUUCUACCAGAACACAUACAGAGAGAAGAACAGAGGCCCAGUAGUUGACUUUCUGGUGACUUUGGCUUUCUCUAGCCUGUGGCUGGUAAGCUCAAUUGCCUGGGCUAAAACUCUGUCUGGUGUGAAGACGGCAACUGAUGUGCAUCAGAUUCUGCUGUUGAUAUCUGCAUGCAGAGCCCAGGAGAACCUAUGUGAGGUCCUACAGGAGCCCAUCUGGACAAAUCUUAACAUGUCUGUGGCCUUUGGUUUUUUGAACUUCUUCCUUUGGGCUGGAAAUAUUUGGUUUGCCUACAAAGAGACGGGCUUGCACAAGUCCACCCAGCGCUACCCAUCCAGAACUCCUUCUGAGAAACGCGGCAGCUUUAGGCAAUACAGUCAAACCAGUUUUGAUCAAUCUGGGACUGGCUUUGGCCAGAGGCUCUACAACCAGGGCAGUUUUGACUUAUCAAGCGCAGGCCUCAGCCUACCCCAAACCAAUCUAGGACAGCCAAUGUUUUACAGACAGAUGGGAAGUCCCACAUCCAGAGGUCCUCUUAUAUUUGUUAAUGAGAUGUAAAAUAGAGAGGGAGACAAAAGAGAGAGAGAGAGAGAGAGAGAGAGAGAGAGAGAGAGAGAGAGAGAGAGAGAGAGAGAGAGAAAUGCGUUCUCGUUUGUCGUUGUGAAUAUAUCUUUAAUAUAUCAUGUGCUGUAGAAAUCGUGCAGUUUUUGUAGUUAUCAGUCUGUUAUUUAUCUGUUAAAGGAACAGUAUGUAAGAAAUUUAUAUCAAUUAAUCAUAAAAUGGCCCGGAUAUGUCACUAGACAUUAAGAAAUCAUUUUCAUUUCAAAUACUUAUAUCACUCACAACAGUGGUCUGGCCAGGAUAUUGUCAUUUAAAAAGUGGAGUUGCAGCCCUCAACUGAUGUUUAUGUUGUCAUGUUGUGUAUUGGCCACCAGUUGUGUGAUUGUAGUACCAGUUUUGGCCACAAUCCUACAUAUUGUUCCUUUAAGUCCUAUUGAGCUGAACUCUUUUGUUUCUUUAUUUUGAAUGUGGAUAUGCAUACAUAACAUUGUUUUAAAGGAAUAUUCCAUUUUCUUAA